AGUUCUGCCUCUACUCUCCUUUCCAGAGCCACUGUGUGACAUAACCAAGACCCUCAUUUGGCUCCAGAUCAGCUGGCCCUUGUGGGUAGACUAUUCUGGGGCGCAAGAAGUUGUUUACAUUCUUCAGUUCUGAAAAGUCCCGGGCAACUUAAGAAACGAAAGUAAAAUCAGCUGAUAGUGACAUCAGCACAAAUGUACCAAAGCUCAGAGGGCUAUUUACUCAGACGCAACUGCAAAUGCAAGCAGGACACCAGGAGCUCGUCUGCUGGGGUUCCUCUCUGCUGCCCUCCUUACUGGAGCCUGACCUGAGAGAGCCAGCGGGAAGCACAACUCACGGCGCAGACCUGACUGCCUGCUGCACCUUUCCAUGAGUGUUGCUGUGGGCUCUGCACCUUGUUUUUAACGUGACAGGCGGUGCAUCACAGAGUGUGACAUAACAGACCCAAAGCCACAAGACUCAGAGUGACGGGACGGACCGGAAAGAGGUCCCCGCAAAGGACAGGACAGAGAUGGCCGCCUCCAAGGCGUGGCGGGGUGAGCACCUGCCCUUCGCGGGGAUAAUGACCCUCGUGGCUGUGGUCCUCGCCCUGCUGUUCUACGCGCUCCUCUGGAAGGCCGGCAACCUCACGGAGCUGCCCAACCUCAGAAUCGGCUUCUACAACUUCUGCCUGUGGGACAAGAACAUCAGCUCCCUGCAGUGUCACCAGUUCCCGGAGCUGGAGGCCCUGGGGGUGCCUCGGGUGGGCCUGGCCCUGGCCAGGCUUGGCGCCUAUGGUGCCCUUGUGCUCACACUCUUUGUCCCGCUGCCCCUCGUCCUCGCCCAGUGCAACGGCAACGAGGGCGAGCGGCAGCUGGCGGUGGUGUUCCUGGCCAUGUCCUCCAUGAUGCUGGCUGGCGGCCUGGGCCUCCUCCUCUCCUACGUAUGGAAGUGGGCCAGGCUCUCCCUCCUGGGGCCUGGCUUUCUAGCUCUGCUCCUGGCCCAGGCCUUACUCAUCCUGCUGCUCAGGGCCAUGGUUGUGUUCCAUCCGAGGACCAAGGUGGACAAGAGCAAGCUUGAGGCCUGCUAAUCCUAUCUACGGGCAGAGACGACUGCAGGGGUUCGUCCAGCAUCCCAGCAGGUGCCGGAGAGGCACCUUCCUCCCAGACAUGUUUCAUAGCUAACGCUGCCCUCAGGCUCCAGCACGUGGGGUCCAGGGCCAAGGAACAGACCGGUCAGGGUGGUGAGGCACCCACAGCUUCUUAGUGUAGGACUGUGUCCUCCCGAGACCCUGAAUCCACGCAGCGCACUGUCACAUGGAUUCUUGCUUUAAUUAACCCACCUGGGAAAUUUCUGCUCUGAACUCAGGAUUGGGGAGAGAGGAGGAGUGUGUCAUGGGGUAGAUUUCCAGGCUGACCUGCCAGGUCACCAAACCAGAGCCCAGGGAAAGUAAAGGGCAACAAAGGGGACCAUGCUGAUCGCAUCUUAGCAUCUCCAGGCCCUGGCCAGCAAGUACCCACCCCUGCUCUGUGCCGAGUGGACGUGUGGGCCACUCCCAAAGGCCCAAGAAUGACUGUGGAGGGAUCCAACACAGAAACGCAUGGGGCACGAAGCGACGCCUCUGUGGCUUUGAAGGGUCCCCUGAGAAGGUCGCUGGGCUGGAAGCAAAUUGCACAGAGGUCAGCCGGCAACCACUAUCACGAUGUAACCCAGGAGUUCGGGAGACGAUGUCCCAAUCCUUGGGUAGGAAAACGGAACAGGACUGAAUGGUUCCCUCACUUCUCCACCCGGAACCAAAAGGACAGAAGCGUAACAACUCACGUGAUGGGGGAUUUUGUGUAUUUUUCAGCAUCUACAUAUUAGAAUGACUUCCUUAUUCUGUACCUAUCAAAAGCCGCACUGAACACAGACAGAAAAGUGGGCUCUG